AUGGCGCCAACUACAAACGCAGUAAAAGUUAAGGUGAUGAGUAGAUCGAAGUUGGGCUCAGCUUGUUGUGCUGUGGGAUGCAACCUGACAUCUGGAACAAACGCCUUGUCAAAAAUAAAAAUGUUUUGGUUUCCUAAAGACCAGACGAGACAGCAAGAAUGGAUUACCGCUGAGCGAAGAAAGGCUUGGCUGCAAAGCAAGAAUUCAAGGAUCUGUAACACACACUUCGUUACAGGUGCACCAUCAUUGGACCCAUGCCAUCCUGAUUAUGUUACAUCAAUAUUCACAUACAAAAACAUCACUGAUGGGUCACAGAAGUUGGAGCGAUACCAGAGGAGUCAGAGAUCAUCUGUGGUUGAGCCCAUGGAUUCACCUUCCUUAGAGGUCACACAGGCUGACCCUGAAGAAGGAUGCACUGCUGUGGGUACAGAUCUGUCAAUGGCAGAUAUUGACCAGCUACAGAAUGAAAACAUUGAAUUAAAAAGAAAAAUGGCUUCACUGGAGAAGAAACUGGAAUCUCAAGAAAAACAAAUACAAGAUCAUAUGUUUGUCAGUCUGUCAGAUUUUCUUUUAAAAUCUACCAUCUACUUCUGUGUUUUUCACCCUCCUCACUUACCUGACAUCAAUAUGGAAUGCAUCAUCAACCAUUCUUACCCUUCCCGAGCAGUUUCUUGUGGUCCUGGUGAAGCUUCAUCUAGGGCUUAA